AUGGGCUCCUCCGCGGCCCUGAAGCAGCCGCUGUGUCUGGCGGACAUCAUCACCUCGGACAUCCUGCACAGCUUCCUGUACGGCCGCUGGAGGCACGUGCUGGGGGACCACCAGCACCACCACCCGGGUCCGGGUCCGGGUCCGGGUCCGGGUCCGGGAGCGAGCCCCAAGACCGCGUUCACCGCCGAGGUGCUCGCGCAGUCCUUCUCCGGAGAGGUGCAGAAGUUGUCCAGCCUGGUUUUACCGAGUGAGGUGAUCAUCGCCCAGAGUUCAGUCCCAGGGGAAGGUUUGGGUAUUUUCUCUAAAACGUGGAUUAAAGCUGGAACAGAAAUGGGUCCAUUCACCGGACGUUUGAUUUCCCCUGAACACGUCGACCUGUACAAGAACAACAACCUCAUGUGGGAGGUGUUUAACGAGGACGGGUCGGUGCGGUUCUUCAUCGACGCGAGUCAGGAGGACCAGAGGAGCUGGAUGACCUACAUCAAGUGUGCCAGGAACGAGCAGGAGCAGAACCUGGAGGUGGUUCAGAUCGGCAGCAGCAUCUUCUACAAGGCCGUGGAGACGAUCCCUCCGGACCAGGAGCUGCUCGUCUGGUACGGGAACUCCCACAGCACGUUCCUGGGAAUCCCCGGGAUCCCCGGGCUGGAGGAGGAGCAGAGCAAGAAGAGCAAGGCCGAUGAGUUCCACACCUGUGAGGGCUCCUCCUCCUCCUCCUGCUCCUCCUCUUCCUCCACCUCCUCCUCCUCCUCCUCCUCCUCCGCUGUGGGACGCAUGCGCUGCGUCAUCUGUCAUCGUGGGUUCAACUCCCGCAGCAACCUGCGCUCGCACAUGCGCAUCCACACGCUGGACAAACCCUUCGUGUGUCGCUUCUGUAACCGGCGCUUCAGCCAGUCGUCCACGCUGAGGAACCACGUGCGGCUGCACACCGGCGAGCGGCCCUACAAGUGCCACGUCUGCCAGUCCGCCUACUCCCAGCUGGCCGGCCUCCGGGCGCACCAGAAGAGCGCCCGGCACCGGCCCACCGGGGGGGCGCCGGAGGGGGGCGUGGGGGGCCCCGGAGGGGGGGUGCACUCACCUCCUCACCCUCCACAGCUCAGCGCCAUGACUCACCCUGCAUCACUGGUCCAUCAUAUACCCACCAUGGUGCUGUGAUUACACAUACACACACACACACACACCAUGGUGCUGUGAUUACACAUAUACACACACACACACACAACAUGGUGUUGUGAUUACACAC